AUGAACUCGACUGGCAAUCACACCAACUCCUUGGGCUCGGAAAUAGUUGGAAAUGGGAACGACUUCCAAUUUUACAAAGAGGCACACUCAUUGCAAGUUCUUCGUCUGAUAUUUCAAGUUCUUCUCGCCUCUGUCGGCGUAGCAGGCAAUGCGAUAGUAUGCCUCGUCAUCACCUUUCAGCCCCAGAUGCAUACUACUAUCAACUACUUCAUCAGAAACCUCGCCAUAGCAGAUCUUGGGAUUCUAAUUCUAUCGUUCCCUUUAGCAGUUAUCAUGGAACAAGUACCUUCUCAUUGGCCCCUAGGGGAAUUUUUCUGUCGGUAUAUAUUCCCCCUGUCUGAUAUAUUUUUUGGCGUAUCCGUUUGGUCGAUCGCCCUCAUCGCUGUUGAUCGCCACAGAGCCAUAGUACGGGGAGCCCUUCCCAAGCGCGGAUCUACCGUGUUCAAGUCAGCGCGUCGGAUGGUGGCUAGCGUUUGGAUGAUUUCAUUUUUAAUUAUCUCGCUACCGCUGUAUUUCGUCAUGAACUUCACCGAUCAUCGUCCUGUCGUCAACAUAGUUGAAUGUUCUCCCAAAUGGCCAAACAAGGAGGAAGAAGACGAAAUGAGACAGAUUUACAUCAUUGGUUUGACUAUCUUCUGGUAUGUUCUACCACUUGCGAUUGUUACUGUAACCUUCGUUAGCAUUACGCGAAAGCUUCGUACCAGUACGAGGUUUAACAAAUCGAUAAGGGAUGACGGAGGGCGAGAAACGGAGAAGCGUGCUCGGAAAAGACUACGUGAACGACAAAAUAGCAAAGCAAAAAAGCUUUUGACCCCAGUAGUUUUAGUCUUUGCUGUCACCAUGCUACCCCUAAAUGUUUUCCGUCUCGUUUUUUUGUACUGGAAAGAAUUUACCUUGCACAAAUACUUUUGGGUUUACUACAAUGUAUGUGUGAUUUGCGUCAUCACAAACUCCUCAGCGAACUUUUUUAUUUAUUCUGUGGUUAGUGAAGAGUUUCGUCAAAGUUUCAAAAGCUUUAUCUGCCGAAAGAUGGGGGUACCUUCUAACAGUGUCACGGAGAGAACACUUCGCAGUCCCGCAUUGAGCCCCAUAAAUCUCAGCCCUAUAAGCAACAGAAAUGAUGAGAACCAAACUAAAAAUAACAACACGGAAAGAGAAACUUUAAUGUAA